CACUGAUGCCCAUUCCCUUCAUUUCGUUUUAUUUUCCUCAAUCCAAACGGCGCCUUCGGACGGCCUUGACUAGCAAAUCGGGUGAUUGCGUUAUAUUGAAGACAAUCAUGGACUCGUAUGCCAUACUCCUGCCAGAGCUCAGAUAGGACCCAAAAUGGAGAACGCCAGGGAAUCUCUUCAGCUAGCCAAGGAAGAGUCCGACCGCGUAUCCCAACUCACCUUCCCUCCUCACCGACCCCAUCUCGAUUCUAGCUUCUACGAGUAUUACGCCCUUCGCGGUAUCCGAGUCGACCGAGUCGAAGCUGGCUACGUUUCUUGCACUUUCAAAGUCCCUUCUCGCCUCAUCGAUAGGAAUGGAAAUUUGGCAUCAGGGGCGGUGGCCAACCUAGUGGAUGAAAUGGGUGGUGCUUUGGUCCACGUGGAAGGACUCCCCAUGAAUGUUUCAGUGGAUAUGUCCAUUUCUUACCUCUCAACUGCCAAACUUGAUGAUGAAUUGGAGAUUGUCUCGACACUUUUAGGUCGAAAAGGUGGUUAUUCUGGAACGCUUGUGAUCGUGAGGAACAAAUUAACAGGAGAGCUUAUUGCCGAAGGCCGACAUUCACUGUUUGGUAAACAUGCAAGCAAAAUGUGAUGUUAUGAUCACUGGAUGUAUGUAAUACAUGCAGAAACUUUUAUUUUGACAUCAGGGACAUGUUUCUACUUAGAUAAUGAAAUUUAUAAUUGCAUGUUAGCAAUAAGCGUUCAUUUUGAAAUUUGAAAGAAACUGGUGGAGAUUUAAAUCUUUUAAGUUUUAGUUGCCUUUUGUGCUUAUGUACAGAUCUUCCUACAAGUUUGCAUCUAGUUGUUAAAUAUACUUGAAUUUUGAAUCUGCUGUA